UGAUAUCCACAGUUACAGCGACGCUUACAAGAUGAAAACUUUGGCUGCCUCAGUCCUCAUUGCCGCCGCCUGCUUCUCGGUUUUUGCUGAAGCCCAGUCAACUAAUUACUGCACCAUCAGCACAUGCUCCGUGCCAUCGGACAACACCCUCUGCAAAUAUUCGAACACUACUUGGGGAGCAGCUUGCCGACCGGCCUACCCAUCCAGUUCGAUCGUGACCGAUGCCGACAUCGUGACCAUUUUGAAUGUGCACAACGAUUACCGACGAAAAGUUGCGCAGGGCCUUGAGACCCGAGGAAGUCCAGGUCCUCAACCUCCCGCGUCCAACAUGAGGGAAUUGCAAUGGGACCAAGAACUCUCGGUUAUGGCACAAGCCCACGCCCAACAGUGUGUGUUCCAACACGACAGUUGCAGAGAUGUUCCUCGUUUUCGGGUGGGUCAGAAUAUUUACAUUACUGGGUCUUCCGCCAACAACCUUGGCACUUCAGACUGGAAUGCAGUAGUAAAGUCUUGGUACGAUGAAGUUCAAUACAUGAACACCGCUUACGUCCAAUCCUUCCCCGCAAACCCACCAAAUGUAAUUGGACACUACACGCAAGUAGUAUGGGCCGACACUUAUUAUGUGGGUUGUGCAGUGGCUUACUUCCAAUCUACGGCCGUUUUUGGGCCAUCGUAUCCCUAUAAUAGAAUGUACGUUUGUAAUUACGGACCAACUGGCAACUGGAUCGGCUCUCAAGUUUAUAAGCAAGGAACAGCCGGAUCCGCCUGCCCCACAGGUACUGUGAACAGCAACGGCUUGUGUGUUUGAACACAGUUUGUUACUUUUCCCUAAAAUUUGUACCACAGCCAGUAUCUUAAUGAUCUGUCGUGGACAUUAUUUCCCCUGAUUUUUUGGCGUUUAUGAAAUCCUAGUGCAGUAGUUUGAUAAUACAUUUAAUCAAUCAGCA